AUGCGGGGACAGCGGCGCGGGGCCGGGAGGGAAGCGGGCUGGGUGCUCGGCCGGCGGGAGCGCGGGCGCGGGGCCCCCCGGGCUCCCACCCCCUCGAGAGGGAAAGCGCAGCUGUGCGGAGAGGACGUCGGGGACUCGGGCCCCGCGGUCCAGGCCCCUGAGGACCGAGGGGCGGGAGGAGGCGCCGCAGCGGAGGGAGUGGGAGCGCCUGGAAAGCAGCGGGCCGCGGAGGCGCUCUGCGGCGCGGGGGGCGCCCGCCUCUCCCGCCGGCCUCCCGCCAGCUCGCGGGACGCUGCGCCCCGCUGUCCCGGCCCCGCGAGGCUGCUGAGCCUCUCGGGGCCCGUUUCCCUCGCGCGGGCCGAGAGGAGGCGAACCCCGAGGGCCGCCGGGCCUGCAGAGUCGCUGCGCCGGCGGCGGGGCCGAGGGGCGGGGAACGCGGGGGCCGAGCGCCGAGCCCCACCCCGCCCCCCGAGCCCGCGCGUCGCCGCGUCUCCCCCGUGCGCGCGCCGACGGGAGCGGGCACCGGCCCCCACCCGGCCUCCGGCUCGGGGGCGGGCGCGGAGCGGGGUCCUCGGGCUGGGCAGCGUCAGGCUCGGCGCCCGACCCGAGUCCCCGCCGUCCGCCCCGCGGCCCGGAGAUGGGGGCGCAGAGGACAGAGAUGCCCCGGGAGGGACAUCCCGCGCCCGGCCUCCCCAGACCGCGCUAACCCUUGCCAAGGGCCUCGGAAUAACGAAGUAUCUGUGGAAACCGGACGGAGAGAAAACAUGA